CAAAAUCCAGGGCACGUACGAGCACUAUGAUUACAUAUUAGUAAUCAACGAUUUACACAAUCUUGUGAAUCUUUAAUAAAAAAUGCAAAAUUCCGUGGACCGCAAUACUUGACAAUGCAAAUACAAUCAAGUUAUUCAGAUUUGGUGGUCUGUGUGUUUUGCGAUAAGUGUGUUUGGAUGUUUUUAAUUAAUUAUGAAAUGAUUAUGAGAAUCGAUUACGAAAGAACUUUGUGAACAUGGCUGCUUUACAAAUUAGCAUUUGCUGGUGAAUUUUUAACUUUGUGCCAUUUGGCAACCCAGCUGGGCCUUCCACAAAGUAGUUGUCAUUAUCAGCUGAUUCUUGGACGAAUACUAACAAUUAUUCAACGUUUGCAGCAAGAUGUUUAGCUCGAGAACUGCCGUGUGUAUCCAAAUAAGGAGGAAAUCAAAUUUGGAAGCGCUACGAGAGAAAAUCGCGAAAGGACCUUCGUUCCAGGAGUUCGUCAAGGAUCCUCAGCCGGUUUUAACUGAUGAUCCGGAAGAAUGGGCCGGCUACGAUGGCAAAUUGAAACGGGCAAAGGGCGACGACGAGAGAUUGAGGCUACCGCCAUGGCUGAAAAGAACUAUCCCAACAGGUAGGAAUUUCAGUCGAAUCAAAGAACAGUUACGGGAUUUGAAUCUGCACACCGUGUGUGAAGAGGCUAGAUGUCCGAACAUAGGCGAAUGUUGGGGCGGAGGCGAACACGGCACCGCCACGGCGACCAUUAUGUUAUUGGGGGACACAUGCACUAGAGGUUGCAGAUUUUGUUCGGUCAAGACUGCGAGGUCGCCACCGCCUCCCGAUCCGAUGGAACCAAUUAACACGGCGACGGCAAUAGCCUCGUGGGGUUUGGAUUACAUAGUGUUAACGUCAGUGGAUAGAGACGAUUUGGCAGAUGGGGGAUCCCAACAUUUUGCGGAAACGGUCCAGGAAAUCAAAAAGAGAAACAAAAGCGUGUUGGUCGAAUGUCUGGUACCCGAUUUUCGCGGCGACGAGAAACAAAUCGAAACUAUAGUCAAUAGCGGACUAGACGUUUACGCCCACAACAUCGAAACGGUCGAAUCUCUGACACCUUAUGUAAGAGACAGAAGAGCAAGGUAUCGGCAGUCUCUGUCUACAUUAGAACACGCAAAACGAGUGAAUGCCGACCUGAUUACGAAAUCCUCCAUUAUGCUCGGCUUGGGAGAAACUGACGGCGAAGUAGGCGUGUGCCUGCGUGAUCUCAGGGACGCAGGAGUCGACUGCGUCACUCUCGGACAGUACAUGCAACCCACCAAACGUCAUUUGAAAGUGGUCGAAUACGUCACGCCGGAAAAAUUCAAACGGUGGGAGAUCGAAGGCUCCGGGAUGGGGUUCCUUUACGUAGCGAGCGGACCACUGGUGAGGAGUUCUUAUAAGGCGGGAGAAUUUUUCAUUGCGAGCGUGUUGAGGAAUCGAAAAUCCGGCGCCGCCUAGGUUAGAAACUUGUAAAUCGAUGAGCGAUUAAAGGUGUAAAUAAGAGUUUUGUGUUCUUUUCUACGAUCCAGAAGAAAUCUGUCAUAGCGCGGAAACUUAUUUAGUAAACGUAUAGUUUUGACAGGUUGUUUUUUUUUAACAGAGCAACGUGAGUAUUUCAAAAUAUGGAUUUUUCAUGGCUUUGAAGAUUCCGGA